CCGAGUCUGUGACGGCUUUUGUGAUUACACAAAUAUAUCACGUGAUCACCAGUGCCACUGAUAGAUUUGUGGAUUCAUUCUAUUACAUCUAUCUAUUUCAAUGAUUAGUUUUACACUACAUAUUAUUUGUGCUGUGUUUAUUUUGCCAUUUUUUGCUGUUAUCUGAGAUGUAUAGCCAACAUGCACAAUUUUUCACAUUUCUUAAGCUAAAUUUAGUUUUCUGCCUUGUUACAUUUUUUUUUUUUAUUUCCAUAACACUAUUAGCCUAAUUUAUCUAAAUAUUGCUAAUUUUUUACAAGUACAUUCGCGUUUCAUUGGUGGGUUUUCUGGUGUUAACUAUUUUUUUUUUAUAAUUUUGUAUAUUCUUUUCUUAUUGUGUUUAUUAAUUUGUGCCUAUCAGGUUUGCACUGCUGUCUUUAUUUUAUGUGUUGUGCUAAUGCUUGGCAUACAGUUUAAGCUGUUUUGUGAACCCUGCUCCCCUGCACCUCCAUGCCCGACGAAUUCUUGGAUAACUCAAUAUUUUGGACGCAUCUUUUUGUCUCACAGUAACACUUCUCCAGACAUGACGGUGGACAAGAAAGUGUUGAAUAUCAGCUCCCCGGUUGAAGACAAGGAAACCGAUUAUAAAGUUGAAAGGGAAAACUGGAAGAAUCCCCUUCAGUUCAUCUUUUAUUGCCUAGGAUAUGCAAUCGGAUUCGGCAACGUAUGGAGAUUUCCUUACCUGUGUUACAAGAAUGGAGGAGCCGCUUUUCUGAUCCCUUACGUGACGAUGCUUUUCGUGGCAGGAAUUCCUGUCUUCUUCAUGGAAUUAAGCAUCGGCCAGUAUGUCAAUCUAGGGCCCGCUGUUCUUUUCCCCAAGAUGGCGCCCAUCUUUUCUGGUCUGGGCUGGAGUAUGGUUGUCUGUGCCUUCUUCGCGUCCAUCUUUUUCAACGUCAUCCUGGCUUGGUCCUUCUUCUAUUUGAUCUUCUCAUUCUACCCUAUCCUUCCCUGGAGUCACUGUGAUAAUGACUUCAACAGCCCAGAAUGUUACUAUGAAGAAGGCGCCGCUUUGUGCAGAAACCAGAGUCUCUUCUUCUUCAGUCAGUCAUGUCUGUCCCUUGAGGAUUACUGUGGCCUGGCAGACUUGCUCCCAUUUAACGAGACACACUGCCGCAACUCGGCUAACACUUCCUUAACUUCCACCAAUAGAGUGGUCACCAAGAUCUCGGCAAGUGAGGACUUCUUCAGGAAUCGUAUGUUGCUGAUGAGUGGUACCACGUGGGAGGAGAUGGGCGGCAUGCAAUGGGAGCUGGUGGGCUUAAUGGCACUUUCUUGCGUGAUAGUGAGCGCUUGUCUCUCGCGAGGGAUUAGAGCUACUGGAAACAUCGUUUACUUCACCGCUCUCUUCCCUUACGCUGUGCUGAUCAUCUUAUUCAUCAGGGGAAUCACCCUGGAGGGAGCAUACAAGGGCUUGGAGUUUUACAUCCUGAAGCCAAACAUGACCCGCCUGAUGGAGGUAGAGGUGUGGUCUGAGGCAGCGGUGCAAAUCUUCUUUUCCUUGGGCCUCUGCUACGGCUCCCUUAUCACCCUUUCUUCCUACAGCAAGUUCACCUACAACUGCAUGAGGGAUGCGUUUGUGGUGGCUCUCGCCAACUGCUCUACGUCUGUCUGUUUCGGGGUGGUCAUAUUCUCUGUGCUGGGCUUCCUGGCCAGCGAGAUGGGGGUCGAGGUGAAGGAGGUAGCGGCAUCAGGCUCGGGUUUGGCCUUCGUGGUGUACCCAGCCGCCAUAAGCCUUAUGCCUUUCCCGCAGCUAUGGUCUGUGUUGUUCUUCCUUAUGCUCAUCACCGUCGGCUUCGGUACCCAGUUCAGCAUGGUGGAGGCUGUUACCACUGCAAUCGUCGACCAGUUUGAGUCGUUACGGAAGAAGAAGGCAGUGGUGGUGGUAGGGACGUGUAUCUGCCUCUUCCUGAUGGGACUCUCCAUGUGCCUUCAGGGAGGAAUUUACAUGCUGGAGCUGUAUGUAUUCUACUCGCCGGGCGUCGCUAUUCUCAUCAUUUGUAUCCUGCAAGUCAUCGCUGUCGUUGGUAUUUUCGGUUUCCGCAAUGUGUUCGCUGCGCUUGAGGAAAUGAAGAUGAACGUCAGAUUGCCUCUACGUAUCUACUGGGGAGUUACUUGGCUUUGUCUGACUCCUGCUUCUCUCCUCCUCAUCACGGUGGUCUCCUUCACUGACAUCGUGCCAGCCUCCUGGGAAGAGUACGUGUUCCCGGACGCCAUGCAGGUGCUGGGGUGGCUGCUGUGCUGCUGCCCGCUGGCCUGUGUUGUGGUCGGCGCCGCUUACGCUGUGGCUACUAACAAGGGAGGGCUCCUGGCUCUCUUCAAGACCACGCCUGAGUUUUGUCCAGCGAGUCAGAGAGGAAAACUGAAGGAAGAGAUGAAUGGGAAGUUUCAAUAUUCGUGCAAUAAUGAAGUAUUUACGAUACAGUCUGAGUCCCCAUGAGGAUUGUGUGUGUGUGUGUGUGUGUGUGUGUGUGUGUGUGUGUGUGUGUGUGUGUGUGUGUGUGUGUGUGUGUGUGUGUGUGUGUGUGUGUGUGUGUGUGUGUGUGUGUGUGUGUGUGUGUGUGUGUGGGUGCUUUAUGAGGGUGACAGUGACACUGUCACCAGAGAGAGAGAGAGAGAGAGAGAGAGAGAGAGAGAGAGAGAGAGAGAGAGAGAGAGAGAGAGAGAGAGAGAGAGAGAGAGAGAGAGAGAGAGAGA